AAAAAAAAAAAUUUGGGAGCUCCUUCCUUUUACCUUGUUGCACUCUUGAGAGCAAGAUGGGUUACCAGCAGCUCUACUGGAGCCACCCACAAAAAUUUGGCCAGGGUUCUUGCUCUUGUCAUGUCUGCUCAAACCAGCAUAAUCUGAUCCGGAAAUAUGGCCUCAAUAUAUACCGCCAGCCUUUCCAUCAGUACACGAAGGAUAUAGGUUUCAUUAAAUUGGACUAA